UUUCAACGAAAUAUUCUUAAUUCAAAUUCAGUCUCGGAUUAAACUUAUCACACAAGAACAUUUUUACUAUUUUGGGAUUUAAUCAAUUUAAAUGACCAAUAUUUAUUUAUUGUUACAGAUAUAACAAUGAUUGCUAACAACGGUUCGACCAACUCAUCAGACAGCGAAUAUACUCCAUAUGAAGAAAGGUUAGAAACAUACUUGGUGCCGGUGAUGUUUGCUAUCAUAUUUAUAGUAGGAGUUCUUGGUAAUGGGACGUUGGUCAUAGUUUACAUCCGUCAUAGAGGAAUGAGGAAUGCACCGAACACGUACAUAUUUUCAUUGGCUCUAGCUGACUUACUGGUGAUCCUCAUAUGCGUACCGUUCGCCUCCGUUAUUUACACAUUGGAAUCAUGGCCUUGGGGGGAGCUGAUAUGCAGAAUAUCAGAGUCGGCGAAGGAUGUCAGCAUCGGAGUAUCAGUGUUUACACUGACCGCUUUAUCUGCGGAGAGAUACUGUGCUAUAGUAAACCCUUUUAGAAGACUACAGAGACGUCAAUCAACCGCUCUUAUCUUUGCAGCUCCAGCAGCCCUAUUCUCUAAUACACCAACUAAAGAAUUAGAUAACAACGUCACUAUAGUUUAUUGCACGCCAUACCCUCCUGGAUGGGACGACUACCCAAAUUUCCUGAACUCUUGCGUCAAUCCCGUGGCGUUGUACUGCGUAAGUGGUGUGUUUAGGCAGCACUUCAAUCGAUACCUCUGUUGUCGACGGGGAAGCCUUCAUCCAACAUGUAGCUCCAGACUAUCUAGAACUGCGAUCUGCGAAACAUCAUUUAGGAGCACACAUCGUCAUAGAUGCAACAGGAAUCCCACAGAGAGUGUCGUAAUAUCAAACUACGACUACGGAAGCACUAAGAAGAAAAACAACAUCAUAUCUAGGAACAGCGGCAUCACCAUCAUGACUAUCAGAGACACCAAUGACUUCCUCGUAGGCGAAAACGAUGAUAAAAGUAACAAGAGAUAGAUAUCUGACGUUUAGUCAAUCUCUAUUUUUAUACUAAACAUCAUCAUUGUUACGAAUAAAACCAUAGUUUUAAUAUUUAGACGAAUUUAAAUCAGAUUCCUUUCAAAAUUUCAAUGUAUAAAUAAAAAAAUCAGAUUUCAUAAAAAAAUAGCUUUGUGAUCUUAUCGC